AUGUCCUCAGCUUAUCCUCGCAUCAAGUGGCUUGUCUCAAGCCGUAACUGGCCGACUGUCGAAAGGCGCCUCGACACUGCUCCGCAGAAAGUAAGCCUUUGGCUGGAGUUGAAUGAAAAGCCCGUCAAAGAGGCAGUCGAUUCUUACAUCAAGUACAAGGUCCAGCAACUGACGAAUGAGAAGGAGUAUAAUGUUGAUAAAAUUAAUGCUGUUUUGCAUCACUUGUCAUCAAAUGCAGAGCGUACCUUUCUCUGGGUGGCCUUGGUCUGUAAGAGACUAGCCGCUUUAUCACAAUGGGACACUGAAUGGUUGUCGACAGAGUUUCUCCCGAAACUCGAGUCCUUCUACAUGCAAAUGGUCCAGCAUACCGGUGACUCACAAGAUGCAGGAUUUUACAAGCGUAUCCUACCUGUCGUCUCAACUGUAUAUCGACCUACCACGCUAGACGAAUUAAGACCUUUGGCAAGUCUGUCCUAUGACAUUCCCGACAAGUAUCUGCCUAGUAUUAUACGUACUUAUGGUUCAUUUCUAACACUCCGGGGAUGUGAUAUCUUCUUUGUCGACCAGACCGCAAAAGAUUUCCUACUCGAAAAGGCUUCGGUUGAGAUUUUUCAAGAAGGAAAAGAGGCCAUGCACCGCACCAUUUUUUGGCGCUCCUUGCAAGAGUGUGAAACACUUAAACGCGAUAUUUAUAAACUGAAGUCGCCCGGUGUGUCUAUCGACCCUGACCCAUUAGCAAGAGCACAAUAUCCAUGCCUUUACUGGGUUGAUCACUUCAAAGACUCCCAUGUCACCGAUUACGCGCUCGAUGAAGCUCAGGAAGGUGAAUCAGUCGAGUAUUGUUUGAAACACAAUUUCCUUUGCUGGAUCGAGACCAUCAGUCUCCUCAGAGGUGUCUCCGAAGGUAUCGCCGCAAUGAUCAAGCUUGACAACAUUUUCCAGGUCAGUAAUGGGUCCUAUGGCCUAGUCGUAUUUUUUUUCCAGCCCUUAACCGAUGCAAUAGAAGAUCGGCAAAUCACAGGACCUUGUGAGGCGAGUCCACGAUGGCUCUCAAUUCAUUCAAUACCACAGGCUAGCAAUCGAAAACAGCCCCCUACAGGUCUACUUCUCACUGCUCAUGUUCAGUCCAACACAUAG